AUUUUGCCCGGUUGCUUACAGUUAGCAAUCAUUAAUAUUUCACUGGAAGCAGGAAAUAGAAGUGAACCGCAGGCGCAAACAAGCCUCUGAGCUCGACUGCCUCACCACCGCCACAGUUUGGUGUAGACUUUCAAAAUGGAUGCUUUCCCCUCGAUAGGUUUCUGUUUCUUUUUCACACCGGACUGUACAUGCGUGGGUCAACGCGGCGUGGAGGACUGACUACAUAUCAUAAUUAAACGAAUGUAUCACCCUUGAAACGAUAAAAGUGGAUCCCGGUGGAUGUUUUUUUUGAGGGGGGGUUUGUUUCCUACGCGUUUGCUACCAGCCAGUUAUUUUUUAACUUCCUGGUUGUCGCAUGAAUAUGUCUGUUGAAACUGCGGCGAAAGCUCAAGUUACUUGUAAAUGCUCGUCGGACACGGGAUACAUGAGACUUUAUAAUUCAGUUGUGAUGUUUAAAACCAGAGACGGCUGUUUUCAACGAAGGGCAAAAGGAGAACGACAGAUUUCGUAAGAGUCCAGCAAUGGAAAGUGCAAAUGGUGGUGUCUCGAGUAAAGGUGUUUUAGCACAAGUGUCAGCCAGUUCUGAGGACUUUAAAAACAAUGUGUUGGCUCCACUGAAAAGUGCGUAUUUGUACGAGGAGUCCAAGCAGUCCUUCAGAUAUAAAUCCGCUGUCCUAAUAAAGAACCCGGCGCUGGAAAAAAAGUAUGAUGCUUUCCGAGCCAAAAGAAGAGAAGAAGGAUAUUCAGAGGAGGAUCUGAAGGAAUCGUAUGGGUUUUUGCUGUUUGAUGAUGUCAACAAGGCUAAUGCACUUGGAGAAACCGGUGUGCUGGCUGGAAACAGCACGUGCACAACUCUGGGAGAUCCCUCGAAAGGUGUUUACAUAUCCAUGUACUCCGACUGUUUGGAUCAAAAUCGCUGGUAUCAUGGAAAAUCUGGAUACAUUGCCAUCAUCAGGCUGACAAAGGGAAGAGUUAAAAGGGUUUUAGAGAACUACACACAGAAUUUCACUGCGCCCACUGAGGGGUUUGACUGUCAUGUGUCAGAACAGUUGCCUUCAGUAUCCUCUAAAACCAGCUCCUUUCUUGCCUUUGAGAGAACCCAGUAUUACAUGUAUGAGCUGCCAGAUGAUGGAAGCAAUGAGACUGCUCUAUCUCCCAGUGGUGCCUGUCCUUUUGCCAUUGUGCCAUUUUCAUACACGGAUACCAAAGCAACAUUUGUAGCACCACAGGAGAAAAGUGAGGAGAAAAAACUAGUUUGUCAUUACUUUCCGUGGAGUGGUCAACUUCAAAUAGGCACGCAUAGCUAUGAUGUUGGACUGAGGUCUACUGCAGGGGCUUUGAUCCCUGCAGAAUUGCCACCAGUGGUUAAAGUUGACAGAGCCAUUUCCAUGUUAGAUCUGAGACAGCUGUUGCCCAGGACGGUCUUUGAAACCUGCCUCUCUGGUGAAGUCUUUCUGGAUGGUUUACACUGCAGUCUGUAUGAGAUGGUUUCUUCUGAGGCGGAAGAAACCAGCUCACUCUCUCUGCUUCUGUGGGAGAUCAAGGAGAAAGAUGUUGCUCUCAUUGUUCCGCUGAAUGAUGGUGGUUUUCUUAUCCUAUUGCACUCCUCCCAUUUCCUCACAUAUGAUGAUUCUGGGUCCAGUGCAGCUGAGGUCCUGCAAGGCAUGUUUGUGUUUCCAGAAUCACGAGUUAUAUAUAGAGGCACAAAAGGUGGACAGAGAAAGCCUGCCUUGUCAUCGGAAAUCCUGCGGGUUUUGCCAGUACUAAGUUAUGCAGAGGGCGAAGUUGAGAAAACACCCAUUGACCCAAGUGAAGAACUGUGUGAGGCAUUUGCACAGCAUAUGCAGAGUUACGCAGCACUGAUAAAUCCUGGGUUGGCAUUAAGUCCCUCUAGGGACAUCAGCAUCUUUCCAGACCAGUAUGAUGUACCAGAUGCCCACAAGCACCUUUACUCAUCUCCAGAGUGGAAUAACAGGGCAUGGCAGAGCUUUAGGUCAUACCUGAGCAAACCAGACUCUUUUCAACUGCCAGUGUCCAAGGCUUCAGAAAUCCUGGCAGCUGGACAGCAGGAGCGAAUAGAAGACCUUGAUGAUGAUGUCUACUUUUGUCUGUCAUCUCCUGAGGAGGUGCCAGCCAAUCAUGUUAGCAUGGGUUCAGAAGACCAGUUGACAGACCAGAAAUAUGGUGUAAAUGUUGAGACAUCUGUGGACAGUUCUAUAACAAGUGCUGAAGCACAAGUGGACUUAACAGCUGUUUCUCAAAAUGCUGUACCAGAUGAUCUGCAAGCUGGCAAUGCCACCAAAGACACUGGAAAGUCUGACCUGCCAGUGCUGAUCAAAGCUGAUGAUAUGGGGACAAAAAAUUCCCUGACUCCCUCUACAUCAGAUGACCUCCCUGCAGAGCUAAUUGUCAGCAUCACUUCAGCAGAGCGAACUCUCACUGCUAAGAGUGUGAUCAGUACUGAGUCUGCUGAUGAGACUGUUAAAACCAAAGAGGUUUUUGAUUGUUCUGAGGUCACCAAUCUCACCAAAACAAAUGGUAGGAAACUACACAAGGAACAUUCCAAAGGUCAGAACCAUGUAUCUAAAGCUUGCGAUGAGACUCCCAGUUUAACAACAAGGCUAAUAACAGUUAAUAUGCAAGUAGAAGAUGACAACUUGAAGAGUCAGAAGGAAGACCAGGCCAAGGUAUCAUCAGGCCACCCACAGUUGAGUAAUCCUUCAAAUAUUGACUGGAGGAAAGUGCGAAGGCGAAAGCGCAUAUUUGGAAAACUGUCAGCAAAAAAUAAAAAAGUGAAAUCUGCUAUUAUUGCAGCAGUAGCAGAGAAGAAAAAAUCAGACCCCGGACAGCAGAGCUUUAAAAGCACUAUUGUAAUGGAACUUGAUCCUUGUCCUCUGAGAAAGAAAACUGAGCGCUGGGACUUAAAGCCAGUUAUCAGCACAUGUGGAAGAAUCUUGGUACCUCAUGGAUAUGUAGAUAUUGGUGAUCAGAUUAAAACUUUGAAAGAUAAGAGUCAAUCUACAAAAGAUAAACAGUGCCCUGAAAAAAUGUUGGUUGAUGACCCUGUGAAUGCUGAGGACCGAGUCAAAGCGGAGAAAGAGUCUAGCACUGCUCUGGAGACAGCAGUGGACAAAACAGAGGCCACAACAUCCAAGGGUGAAGGGAACCAUCCUCAAAACGUUGAUGUCAGUAACGUUAGUCCUGAACACAGCAUUUUGAGACAGUCGGAAGAUGGUAGUGGUUCGUUAACUUUGAAUUCGGAGAGUAGUGAGCAUUAUUCAAAGAAUGAUGGCAUAAACACUCCUUUCAAAACAGUUCAAGAAAAACACACUGAUACCCCUUCCUCUGGAAAGUGUGCAGCAAAGGGUGAAUUUCUGUUGAGUAAACUAAAAUCAGUUCUUCUCAGGGGAAAGAGAAAAACAAGUAUCAUUGUGUCAGAGGAAACAACUGCAGAUACUGCCCAAGACACUCAGCCUUGUCUCAAGAAGGGCAAAGUUGACUCAGACUCUGGGACGCUGAAGAGUAAUGAAGCAAUUAACCCCAGCGUCCAGGAAGUUUCAAAGACUGUUUCAGUUGACCCUCUUUUUGCAUUUGCUCUAGGCCUGACUCCUAGGGAGACAGCAGAUACGAUUCAGAAAUCUCAGGGCCAGGAUACUCAACAAAGGAAAGACUCAUCAGAGACACAAGAACAAACCAUUUUAGAUAAACAACCUCAAAUCAUACAAAGGCCUCUAUCAAUUUUCCCAAGAAGGAGUAGGAUUAAAACACUCAAAAAGCAUCAAGGCGUAUCUGCAGAACAUGUUCGAAAGAAAUGGUGGUUGCAUUUUCAAACCCCAGCUUGUUUUGCCAGUGAAAAACUCAAAUACAAAGAGUGUACUAGGGAUAAUUCUGUCAGGAAGACUGUUAAGGAAAAAAGUAGCAGUGCUUGCUCAUCUACAGAUGCUUUGAACUUACUUGCUGACUUGGCACUCAGUGCCAGUAAUGACCAGGUUCCACCACAACCAGAGCCAGCACUUGAGAGAGAACCUGAGACAAGUUUGAAGAAGUGUGACCUUACGCUUACCAGUGCUGAAAAAGAGUCAGUUCUUCAUGCUCUGCUUAGACAGCCUGCUGCUAGACCCAUUCAGCCUCAUGAGUCUCCUUCACCAAGCCAUCUUGUGGGAGGCAGUGAAUUGGUUGGUUUGGUAUCUAAAGAACAUGCUUACUCAUUGCCCCCGUCUUCCUCUCUACUGUUGGGUUUGUCAGGUACACCCUUCCAGGUAUCCCCUUUAAGUGGUUCUACCAGGCUGCUGCACCAUCACCAGACAAUGUAUGGAGAUGGAAUUAAAACACUACAUCCCUGUGUCGAUCAGGAAGACGGAAGUGAACACAACAGGCUCAAAAAACACAUGGUGCGCCUAAGAAAAUUCAGGCACUCACGUACCUUUGUUAACAAGGAUGGAUCUAUCCAAGUCACAAGGCAAUGGAAAGAAAACUAUGACUUCAAUCUAGACAGCAAGUUUACUUGUGACUCAAAGGAUAAAGCUAUCAUCCGAGCCUUACAUGGCCCAUGGGAUUACACCGUUCAAGAUACCAAUGAAGAGGUGCGGCUCAUUGUCCACAUGUGGAUAGGUCUUUUCUACAGCCGGUCAACAGCCAGGUUCUUUCAUGUUGACUCAAACUCUUCAGAAGAAAGUGAUUCUUUGGAAAAGUCACAUGGAAUGAUGUCAGCCCCAGCUCAGACUGAGUUCAAAGCUGAUCCAUUUGCUCCUUUCCAGAAUGUGACAGAUACUACAGACACUUUGAUUUCAAAAGCUCUGGACCUCAGCAAAAAAAAAUACUCUGUCUUGGACCAAGGAUCUGUGAUUUUGGACUUGUCACUGAGAAACUCCAAUGCAGAGAUCGUCACUUCAGAUCCACAAGUCAACAAAAAAAAGACUUUUGUGUCUGAACAGAAAGAAGCUGGUGACACAUUGAACUCACUCAAGUCAUCCAUGGACCCACAGAACGCAAGCACAUUUCAGUGCUACAGAAAGAGUGAACAUGCCACUGAGAGUAUCAAUGAGAUGAAUAAUGUCAGAAGCACCACUGCAAAUAAGAGGACUUGUACCCUUUUGCAAAAAGUUGGCCGCCUGGAGCACACUUAUGUACCACCAUUUAAAGGUGGUGGGGUAUUUAUUUCUGUUCAGGAAGAUAUGGAAAAUGUAUCAGGUCAGCCAGGAAACCAUCAGACUGCUUCAGGAAUUGGCCAUGUGUUAGAUGGAUGCAACAAUGAGAAAACUGAUAUGAAAGAUGGCAUUGAAAAUUCACAAGCUAAAGAGAUGAUUUUAGUGCAAAAACAGGGAUGGGAUUCUUUAAAACCUGUGACGGACAAAGACUCCAACAAAAAAGCAGGUGAUGUGGUUCAUGUAACUGAGCCUGAUGAAAUUGUAUCUAAAGAUGGGGAAAACAGGGAAGUGAAAGAGAAGCCAUACCGAGAAGGCACUAUGAAACUUUCUCAAAAAAUUAUUCAUAUAGGUGAUGAGUCAACGAACAAAGAACCAGUUUUGGUCUGCAAUGGAAAUAUUUUGGAGAAUGAGAUGCAGUCAUCUAGGGAGGAACCUAAAUCAGUCUCACCAGACAUGACUGAAAAUGUUAAUGAAGAUGUGGAUUGCUUUACAGUACAUAAAGGUAAAGUGAUAGAAGAUGAUCACUUUGGAAGAGAAGAUGGACUUGAUAGGAAAGAUUGUUGCAUUUCAGAUGUAGAAGCUCACAGUGAUUUGAAUAAUCAACCAUUACCUAUGAGUGAUGGCCCAGACUCUGUUAAAGAGGAUUGCAUCACAGAGUGUAGUCGCAAAGCACCAUUGGAUGAGCAUCCUUCUAAAGUAGACAACAAAGAAGAUGCCCCCCAUGAUUUGCAGUUGAGAACACAGUGUGCAAACGGCAGUACAUUGACAGAAGAAAAUGUCAUUUCAGAAAAAGCUCCACCAGGAAUGGAGCCUAUUCAUAAUGAACCUGCAGUUGAGGAAAAUCCAGAAAAUGGUAUUUGUUUGGCAGAUUUGAAUAUUCAGCCAUUACCUAUGAGUGAUUGCCAAGACUCAGCAAAGGAGGAUUGCGUCACAGAGUGUAAUCUCAAAGCACCAUUGGAUAAGCAACCUGCUCAAGCAGACAACAAAGAAGAUACCCCCCAUGAUUUACAGUUGAGAACACAGUGUGCAAAUGGAAGUGAAUUGACAGAAGAAAAUGCCAUUUCUGAAAACGCUCCAUCAGGAAUGAAGCCUGUUCAUAAUGAACCUACAGUUGAGGAAAAUCCAGAAAAUGGUAUUUGUUUGGCAGAUUUGAACGAUCACCAAUUACCAAUGAUGAGUGAUGGCCCAGACACAGUAAAGGAUUGCAUCACAGAGUGUAAUCGCAAAGCACCAUUGGAUAAACAACUACCUAAAGAAGACAACAAAGAAGAUGCCCGCUAUGAUUUGCAGUUGAGAAUACAGUGUGCCGAUGGCAGUGUAUUGACAGAAGAAAAUGCAAUUUCAGAAAAAGCUCCAACAGGAAUGGAGCCUAUUCAUAAUAAGCCUGCAAGUGAGGAAAAUCCAGAAAAUGGUAUUUGUUUGGCAGAUUUAAACAAUCAACCAUUACCUAUGAUGUGUGAUGGCCCAGACUCUGUAAAGGAUUGCGUCACAGAGUGUAAUCUCAAAGCACCAUUGGAUAAGCAACCUUCUCAAGCAGACAACAAAGAAGAUUCCCCCCAUGAUUUGCAGUUGAGAACACAGUGUGCAAAUGGCAGUGAAUUGACAGAAGAAAAUACCAUUUCAGAAAACGCUCCAUCAGCAAUAGAGCCUGUUCAUAAUAAGCCUGCAGUUGAGGAAAAUCAAGAAAAUGGAAUUAGUUUGGCAGAUUUGAAUGAUCAACCAUUACCUAUGAUUUGUGAUGGCCCAGAUUCCGUAAAGAAGGACUACAUUACAGAGUGUAAUCGCCAAGCACCAUUGAAUGAGCAACCACCUAAAACAGACAACAAAGAAGAUGCCUACUAUGAUUUGCAGUUGAGAACACAGUGUGCAAAUGGCAGUGCAUUGACAGAAGAAAAUGCCAUUUCAGAAAACACUCCAUCAGAAAUGGAGCCUGUUCAUAAUAAGCCUGCAGUUGAGGAAAAUCCAGAAAAUGGUAUUUGUUUGGCAGACUUGAAUGAUCAACCAAUACCUAUGAUGUGUGAUAGCCCAGACUCAGUAAAGAAGGAUUGCAUCACAGAGUGUAAUCACCAAGAACCAUUGGAUGAGCAACCACCUCAAGCAGACAAUGAAGAACACGCCUGCCAUGAUGUAGAGUUGAGAAAGCUGUGUGGAAAUGGCAGUGCAUUGACAGAUGAACAUACUAUUUCCGAAAAAACGCCUCACACUCAAUCAGAAAUUUAUAAUGAAACUGUAGCUGAUGAAAAUUCAGAAAACGGUAUUUUUUUGGCAGAUAAGGCACAUUAUCAGAAGGCAGCAUUACCCACGUCUGAUGAGAGAACCUGUUCAUUAGAUGGGUCUUCUGCUGAUGGGUCUAUUCCUCAGAUAAAUGACAGUGCUGAAACAGGAAGCCCAAACAAAGUAAUGGCAAACUUUAGCCUAUGUAGUGCUGAUCAUGAAGAUCGUGAUGCUAAAUCAGUUGAGGAAGAGUCUCAUUUACCUGAGUGUAAGGGUGUAACAAAAUAUGAAGCUGAAGUGGCUUUGCCUAAAGAAAUGGCUCUCAAAAGUGAUACAAUAAACAAAGGAUUGGAAAAGAUCCAUAGUCGGGUUGUAAUUCCAUUUAUUGGAAUAGACACUUGUGGAGAAGAUGCAGUACAACCACAUGACUCACACUCAGAAUGCAUGGUUGAAGAAUUUCAAGGCCAAAAAGGAAUACCAUUUAUCAGUGACACUACUUACCCUGAAACUGUGCUACCCACAGAGAUAUGCAGUACAUCUCAACUGUACAGUAAAAAUUCAGAACUGUUUGAUGGCAAAAUAUCACUAAAACUUCUUGAUGUAAGUGAAACCAACCAGCCAGAGGUCUCGGGAAGUGAGUCUGAUGACCGGUGCCCUACCCCAACUAUGGAUGAGAAGCCAUAUCAGUAUGUAGCUUGUUCUGGCCAUAGUAGUAGUUCUGUCUUUAGUGGUAGUAAAACUGGCAAAAACAUGACUCAGAAAUGUCUUGGCAGAAGCUCAGCAUUUUUGAAGGAUAAGAUGCCUCUCGAGCAAAAGUACAAGUCUACAGUUAACAGUGAUCCCAACCUUCAUUAUGGUCUUCACCCUGAUCUUGAACUAAGAACUCUAAGAGUUCUACAAAGUAUAGACAAGUUCCUGUUCAAAUCAAGCCACACUGACAAUGCCAGCCAGAUUAAAACUGGUGAUGUGAGACACUCUCUUGAUCAAAUCCCUAACACCAGCAGCAAGUAUAUCCCCACUUGCCUAACCCCGAGCCACAUCUUUGCUGACUUUAAGGGCAAGAAAAUAAGCAAUACAAAGUCAGUGGUCGUGUCAGCCUGUACCUCACAAGAACUGCAAACAGAAUCAUCUAGACUCAAACGUAAACUGGAUGAAGAAACCUCUGUAGGGCAAGACAUUUGUCAUCCACAAAGAUCUUUUUCCUCUAUUGACUGUUUGCAAGCCAUCAAACCAAAUGUUGACCAAGAAAGGCAUAAAACAACUUUACAGACCAACUUAAGUCAUGAACCACGUUCAUACAGUCAGCGUCCUGUCAUGGCUGUGAAACCAUCUAAGAGCGAUGAAGUUCAAGGAGAUUGCAUCUCGAAAGACAGAGAAAGUGAAAACUCUGUCAUGUCAAUUUUUUCUAAAGAUAAACCGACUAAAAGCCCCGUAGUCCCCUACACCACACCAGCUCCCGUGCUCUUGAAGAAAAAGACAGAAAGUCUUGAGGGAAAUUCUGAAGGACUUGAUGACAGCCAGCAAGAGGCCAGUGAGCUGUCUAACUCAGACCUAUCUAAAUUUGGUGUUCAAGAUCCUUCAUACAAAGGAAGGGACAUUCCCUCAUCAUUUCUCCCCAUGCAGUCUUUUGAAUAUGCAAAAACGUCCUCUAAACUUGUUGUUCAAAACCAAAUUUUCUUGACAAAGAGUUUUGAUGGGAAAGUUGGGCAAAUGGCUAAAGAGAGCAUUGAGAUGGAUCAGAAUAACUGCCCAGGCACAUCAACUUCAGUUGUGGAUUACAAAGAUGAUAGCACAAUAGACGACAGUCUCUUCCUGGGACCUGAAAGCUCACUCACAUGUACAGUCUAUAACACUGGCCAGGGUAGAUGUUAUUCUUUUCUGGAGCAGCUUUCUCAGAGGUGCCUACAAGAUGACCUCACUCAGGCAUCAAUGGAACAGGAGUGCCUUAUCUUCUCACAACAAAUGGAGCAGCUUUUGAAAAGGAGUAAGAGGGGACCCGUCCACCAACUGGAUGAACAUGACAAAUUGAAUUUGUCUUGCUCUAGUCCUGUGACUGUGCACUUUUCCAGUCUAGAAGAGCAGGAAGAUUCAGUUGAUCACUUGGAUGCACCGUCACUUGUAGGACAGAAAAUUAAGGUAGACAUGUCUGACAGGAAAGAUCUGGCAGAUACCGCAGAUGAAGGAAAUGCUUUGCAUCCUCAAAACUUAUCCGAAGGAACAGGCAACCAAAUGGAAAAUGCUGGAGUUUCUGGUCUGACUGCAGAAUAUGCCAGACAGUACACAGCAAUGAUGAAUGAUGUUUGUGCUGUGAAAAAGGUCCCAUCUAGACCUAAGCACUUUAGAAUGGAUCGAAGGUACUCAAAGACUGAACAAAGCAACCAUUUUGACUUCUGUGGUCAAAUGAAGAGAGAGAUGGAUGAAAGUUUUCGCAAUAGUCUGAAUUCUGUCGUGAAGAAAUCCUGUAAAACAAAGUACAGAUUCUACAUAUUGGUGACGUCAGAUGAUGCCUUCUUUGAGGAAACCAAGGCACAGUUAGAGGCAGAGGGCCAUACUGCUGUACAACCAUCUGACUUCUUCCUUGGUGAUGAUAGCUCUUCAUCUCUACUUAUAAUCCUCAAGAAUGAAGACAUUGCAGAGCACAUUUGUGAGGUCCCCCAUUUGCUCGAGCUGAAGAAGUCACCAAGUGUGCAGUUUGCUGGAAUUGAUGAACCAGAUGAUGUUGUGAAUCUCACCCACCAGGAGCUCUUUAUGAGGGGUGGUUUUAUAAUGUUCGACAGAGCAGCGCUGGAGUCCCUCAGCCUAUGCAACAUGAAAAAAAUGGCAGAAAUCUUGCAAGACCUAAGCCGAACAGGGAAGUGGAAGUGGAUGUUGCACUACAGAGACAGCCGUCGGCUGAAAGAAAAUGCAAGGUUGAGUGCAGAGGCAAAAGAGAAGAAGCACUUCAUAAACUGGUGUCAAGAAGUUGGAAUAUUGGAGGCCUUACCUUACCAUGAGUGUGACCUCAUGUCAAGAGAUCAGCCGGACUAUCUCACAUGUUUGGUCCGUUUGCAGGUCCAGAAUAUAUCUGCCCGCUACCCUAUUUUUAUAACCGAUACUACAACAGACAUUGCCUUUGGAACGAAUGGAAUUUUAACUAUGAAUUUCAACUCUUUCCUGACGUGUUCUCCAAGCGAAACAUUUACAGCCUGACCUGAAAACGUCAGAUGGACAAAGUUGUGCUGAUUCAAGUACACAGCAAACAGAAACUGGAUGUGAGGAGAAACCUGUAAUUCACCAGGAAUGGUGAUUUCAAAAAUACUACAUUUGAUUAUUUUCUUUGGGACAUCACUUUAGCUUCUUCUCAAGCAAUAAUUAUUGAUUUAUGUUGUAAAUUUGUAAACUAAGUUAUCAUUCAGUUAAUAGUGUAUUUAGGCAAGUCUAUUGUAUAUACUGUAUGCAUUUUGCAUCGUAUUAUAGUUUUAUUGUAAAUUGUAUUGUAAACUUGUUCAAAUGUGUAUCAUAUGUGUAUAUUUGGCCUUUUUCAUUACAAUCCUGACUUUAUAUAUUUGCAGUACAAUCGUUAUUAGUGUUUUAUUGAUUCUUUGUUUGUGGUCACAAAAGACAGUUCAAAGAUUUUCUUUUUUUCUUUAGUACAUAUUGAUUUUAGUAGUUUGCCCAAGCCUUGCAACAAAGCUAAAUUAGGUUGUUUUCAAGCCGUGUGUAUUUUACUUAUUGAUAUAUACUAAUGUACACUGUUACUGACAGUGAUUCUUAACUCUUGAGUGUUAAGUUGUAAGAGCACAACAAUUUAACAUUAUCACUAAGUGCUAAAUAUGUAUAUUUUUCAUGACUGUAUGACAAAAUGACUGAGAAUAAAGCAGUUUAUUUUA